UUUCGUUGAUCAUACAAGAGAACACUCCCCCCUACUUGUUUCAAAUACCAGUUCUUGCUUCCUUCCCAAAUAUACAGCGUGGAGUAUUCUCCCCUAUCUGUGGCUCAUCGCUGUCCGCAGGCAGACUGCUGCAAUCACAGAAAUCCAAUGGACGCGUUGCGGGUGCUGCAGAUGGUAUUGACCAUGUUGAUCUUCUUGGUGGGUGUAACGCUGAAUGGCCUGGUAGUUUGGGUGCUGGGAUUGCGCCGGAGGCUAAGGAGUGGAUCCACAGGAGGUGAAACACAGGGUGCUGGAAGCUUCCGGAUAUACGUCGUGAACCUGGCUCUGGCUGACCUAAUGUUAAUUUUGCGCAUACCUCUCAUGCUAGGCUAUCUAGCGAACGACUCUAGCUGGCCCUUUGAGAAGGCAGUGUGCCAGUUGGUUAUGGUCCUGCGCUGCCUAGGAUUAUAUGCAGGGGCCUUUUUGCUGAGUGCCAUUGCCCUGGAACGGUGCUUGUGCAUAUUACAGCCUGUCUGGGCUCGAAUGAGACGCCCACGCUGGGUGGUGCCACUUGUCUGCAUCUUGCUAUGGGCAUUGGCUACUGCCCUCUCUGUGCCUUACAUUACAGCUGCUGGACUCAAAGAUGAUUUUAAUAAUAAGACCCAGUGCAAAGAAAAUGUUAACAACACAGGACGAACGAUGCUGCUUGUGGUGGAGUCGGUGGCAGGUUUCCUGCUUCCUUUGGUAAUUUUCAUAUCCUGCAAUCUGGCCAUUAUUAUUACCGCAAAAAGGGCCGAGAGUGGGUCAUCAGUGUCCAGUGCACCUGCCUCCACACCUAGUUCCCCUACUGGAAGUAUUUACACAGCACAGAGACUGACCCGCCUCUAUCGGAUUCUCUUCUUAACCAUGAUCCUCUUUCUUACUUGUUGGGUGCCGUACUUCACCUGCCGCUUCCUCAAAGCACUGGCUACUGUACGGCCUAAUUUACACAACCUUCAAGCAGGAGUAGAAGGGGGCAUAUACGUGGCAUUGUAUCUGGUGUACCUCAAGAGCGCGCUCAACCCAAUUUUGUACGUAUUCGCUGCUCGCGGACUGAGCCGCACUCUCCGUGCCUCACUGCUCUCGACAAUCGCGCGGGUCUUUAACGAGGAUGUGUCCGAAUCCCUGCGCAGGAAGUCCUUGCGGAGAAAAGACUCGCAGAUCUGAGGACAUUUUAGUAACAACUUCGACGAUGGAUAUUACAAAACCCGCUUGCUCUCUUGAGGAAGCUGUGGUCAAAACUAAACAAGUGAAACAAGUGCCUGACAAGCAGUCUAUCUGAACAUAUGAGGAUGUAAGAGACACGAUAUGGGCCUCAAAUAUUAAGUUCAUAUCGUUCCAUACCAGAAAGCAGAUACGGACCAAAUGGUGAACUAUUAAGAUUUCCACCACUCUCUUCAAUCCUGAGAGUCACUGUUCAGUGCUGAUUAUUAAUUAUUCAUUGAAUUUAUUCUUAAAAGAAACGUUAACUCAAACUGCACAUCUACUGAAGAGAAGGCAUACAGUUAUAUAACUGAUUUUAGCUUGUGGGGGAAAAAAAAAAAAAAAAAACAUCUUUUCUUGCUCAACAUUUCUCAGCGACAUUCAUCAAUGAAAUCCAGUGUAAAACUAGUGGACAUAUCUAUGAGAUAUCAUGAAUAGCUUUGAUCAAGGACAAUGGUACUAGCAUGAUCGAUGAAGCUUUGGAACGAGCUUUGGUUCGAGCAGAGUGUACAGAUGAGGAGGUGAGCGAUCUGGAAAGACCGGAGGACUAAAGCACCGCUGCAUCAGCCUCUUUAGGAUGAGAUCUGGCGAGGCCUAAAUCUCGCAACGUUAGGUUAUGUUAUGUUAAGACUAUUUUAAAGUGUUUCAUUAUUAAAAGGAUAUACUUCUGUUGUGAUGUCACAAAUUUCAUUAAAAUACUGAAACAACUUGCACAA